AGGGCUUUUGUUUUAGAGUAAUAAACACAUGAAGCAGAUAUAAUCAUCAAAGAGUGUGAAGCUGCAGACAGAAACAUCAGACUCAGAACAGAUACACACGACCUCUAAAGUAAGAACAACUCACAUCUUCAUUCUUUACAUCAGACUUUGAGAUGUUAAUAUUGUCUUAACGAUUGUGUAUGAUGCAUUUAUGUUCCUGUUAUGAUGGAUUUUUAAUUAUAACUGAAAUAAUGAUUAAAACUAAAAGGAAUUAGUGAGUUGUUCAUUUAUCUGUAUUUCUUCGCCCUCAGAAAUGGAGCAAACUCUAUAUUUCAUUCUUCUUCUCGUUGCUCUCUGCUCCGUAUCUGAAUGUGUUCAGCGUCAGUAUCACUUUAUAAAUGAGAAGAAGACCUGGACUGAAGCUCAGAGAUACUGCAGAGAGAAUUACACAGAUCUGGCCACCGCUGACAACAUGAACGACAUGAACGAGCUGAUGAAGAGUGUGAUUGAUGUACGUUUCUGGAUUGGACUGGAGAGAAAAUGGCAUUGGUCUUCAGGUGAACCUGCGCUCUAUCUGAACUGGGGAUAUAAACAACCUGAUGGCAGAGAUGAGUGCGCUGUGAUGAGAAAUGGACAAUGGAAUGAUUUGGGAUGUAGUAAUAACUACCAAUUCAUCUGCAGCAACAAGAACACAGGACUCAUCUUUGUCAAUCAGAAGAUGAAUUGGAGAAACGCUCAGAGUUACUGCAGACAGAAUCACACUGAUCUGGUCAGUGUGAGAAACCAGGAUGAGAAUGAGAAGAUUAAGAAGAUCAUUAGUGAUAAUAACUCAUCUGGAUCAGAUGUCUGGAUCGGUCUGUUCAGAGACUCAUGGCAGUGGUCAGAUCAGAGUAACUACUCUUUCAGUUACUGGAACACUGGUGAACCUAAUAAUGCUGGAGGUGAUGAAAACUGUACACAUGUUGAAAAGAGCGCUCAGGGACGAUGGAAUGAUGAGUAUUGUAACAAUCGAUAUCCUUUUGUGUGUCAUGAAGGUGAUUUCUGCUUGUGCUCUGUUUGGUUUCCAGAUAAACUGAUUGUGAUCAGAGAGAAUCUGACGUGGUCUGAAGCUCUGAGAUACUGCAGACAGAAUCAUGUGGAUCUGGUCUCGGUUCAUUCACAAGAGAUUCAGCGUCGUGUGAUGAACGUGGUACACCUGGCGUCUACUGCGGAGCUGUGGUUGGGUUUACACAACUACUGCAUCAUGAACAUCUGGUACUGGGUGAGCGGAGAGACCGUGUGCUAUCAGAACUGGGCUCCAGGGAACGGAACCGAACCAGAAAACUGUAAACUUGAGAAGAGAAAAGGAGCAGUUCAGUCUGGAGGAGAUCAGCGCUGGAUCAGCCGUCCUGAAACUGACAAACUCAACUUCAUCUGCAGCAGAUAUUAAGAGUGAAAGGAUACACAGACCUUCAUGUGAGGAAACAAGUGCUUGUGUGUUCACUUCCUUUAACUUCAUUUUCAGUCAUCACUUUAUAAAGUAAUCAUUUUACAUGUAUUAAUUUCAGUUCCGCAGACAGUCACACUUGAGGGUUAAAAAGGCAGAAAUGUUUCCUUCAGAUGUUUAUGUAGUUCAUAUAUAAUCUUCAAUAAACUGUUAAUGUAUGUUAUACAUUUCCAAAUGUUUCAGCAUCUUUGUGUUUGUUACCAUAUUU